AUGACUCAUCGCCUGCAUGAUUUCGCGGCCCUUGGCCUCGACUACCUGAUUAUAGGCGGUGGCACUGCCGGCCUCGCUGUGGCUGCACGUCUCAGCGAGGAUCCUCAGGUGCAGGUGGGGGUGGUCGAAGCCGGCCCGUCAGCCCUAAACCAUGAGGAUGGCGGGGUCAUCACCAUACCCGGCCGCUACGGCGAGACGCUGGGGUCCGCGUAUGAUUGGCAGUUUGCGACAGUUGCUCAGCCCGGGCUUGGAGGACGGUCGCUACCCUGGCCGCGGGGCCGUGUCUUGGGAGGUACCAGCGCCUUGAAUUUCAUGGCGUGGAAUCGUGGCCAUCGUGCGGACUACGAUGCGUGGAUUGUCUCACCAAAAGAAUAUGCCGACCUGUACACUCACGCCAAAUCUAUUGCCCAGAAAACUGGCCGCCCACACGACGAGCUCCUUGCCCGUCAAUUUAGCCCCGAUAGCAAAGGCCGAGGCCAAAUCGAGUAUCUCUUCGAUCUAGGAAACUGGAGCCCAUACUUUACCUCGGAGCCAGGCAAAAAGUAUGCGACAAUGCUGCAGAUGCUGCAGUAUCCGUUCUCACGGGGGUCGAUCCAUAUUCCACCACGAAAUAGCGAAAGUGCAGAAACGAGUCCAAUUACCGUCGAUGACAAGCCUGUCAUUGAUCCGCAGUACUUCUUGGGACCAGGCGAAAUUGAUCGAAAGAUCCUGGCUAUGGCCCAGAGACUGACAGAUCGCAUCUGUCAGACGCCGCCUCUUACAGGGCUGGUCCAAGGUCGUGUGUUUCCUCCUUCUGAUAACAUACGCUCCGAUGACGAAACCUACGGGGACUUCGUUUCCAACUAUACCAUCACUGAUUGGCAUCCAAUCGGUACUUGUGCCAUGGGUGGCCGUGACGGGGCUCAAACGGGCGUUGUUGAUGAGCGACUCCGGGUGUAUGGAGUGCGUGGACUGCGGGUAGUCGAUGCUAGUAUCAUGCCAUUGCAAGUUGGAGCGCAUAUCCAGGCGACUGUGUAUGCGAUUGCAGAGAAGGGAGCAGCGAUGAUUCAGGAGGAUAUGCUUCAGGUAUAA